UUUUUGUUUUUAUAGGUGUGGUAGGGCAUGAUGCUUUACCAUAGACAGGGCAGAAGCACGUGAAAUAUAACAAAUUCUUUCACCUGAUAUGUUUUCUCAAGAUUCUUCAAUCCCCUAUCAUUAUCCAAUUCCAAGCUAAGGUUAUUUAACAUCUGCCCCUAUAAAUAGUUGGUUAGUGAAGAAACCGUUUCAACAAAAUCGUCAUCCAUCCGUCGUCAGUCUCUUCAAUCAAGAGUUUUCUUUUCCAAGAUGGGUUUUCAAUUGUUGCGGUUAGCUAAUGCUAAGCAAAGACUUCAGAGAACACUUUCAGCUAAAAUCAGAGUAGCAUCAAGCAAUAGUAGCAAUGUUCCAAGAGGCCACAUUGCAAUUUAUGUUGGAGAAAGCUACAAGAAGAGAUUUGUAAUUCCCAUAUCAUUCUUAAACCAUCCUCAAUUUCAGAAUCUACUGAACUUGGCUGAGGAAGAAUUCGGAUUCGAUCAUCCAAUGGGCGGUCUCACAAUUCCAUGUAGUGAACAUUACUUCAUCACUCUAACUUCGGCCUUGAAUUGUUCAUAAAUGGUGGCUUCAUCAUCAUCAGUAUAUUGUUCUUGCCAUAAGAUCGAUUCACUCGCUUGGUUCAUUAGUUUUUAUUAUCUUCACCUUGAAAGUACAUAAAUUUUAGAUGAUAUUAAGAGCCUGUCUCUUCAAUUUUGUAUGCAGGAUCUUUUCAAAUAUGAAAAUAUCCCAUGUAAUAAACUAUUAAUUAACAUAA